AUGGCUUACAAGAGAAAGUUCAGUGAAAGUUUCCACACAGAUACCAACAUGGUGGAAAAUUUACUGAAAUACCGGAAGGUCUGUAGACCGGUCUCCAUCAAGAGAACGCACGUUCCGCCCGUCAGCCAAGAUGACCUGUGCAGUGUGCUGGAUAACUUUGUGAGAAUCUACGAACGACUCGACGCUCAGGAUGGCAGCCGGAAACCAAACUUUACCUACACGGAACUCAUCUUCCUGGCGAUAAUGAGGUCUCCCAAUUUCUGCCUGCCCAUCACUGAAAUCUACCGUUACAUUGAGACGCGUUACCGUUAUUUUAAAGACAGCGGUAAACAACUCUGGAAAAACGCCAUCCGCCAUAGUUUGUCCAAAACCAAAUGCUUUACCAAGAUCGGACUAAAGAACCAAAAACCACGCAACGGUGUCCUUAAUAGGUCGGCUUUUCUGUGGAGCAUUAUCCCAAAGAGCCUGCUGACCUUUGCCCGAGGAGAUUACCGACCGACUAAUAAGUUCUCUGUAUCCAACGCAUUACGGUCAGGAUUCCAACAAGUCAACGCCAAUGGAUUAUGGGAAGGUUGUGUGUUAUCCUUGACUCACAGAAUGGAGGCUUUCCAGAACAUCCUCGACACCAGUCCGUCUCCGACUAAACUGUUCCAGCUCCAGAUGUGUAAUUUGGAGGAUCAUAACGAAGUCCAAUCUAACUUUCACCACAAAGUGUCGGACAUUGUGCAUGGGAGCCCACUGAGUCAAAAUUUCAGUCCUAUACCGCCGUGUGAUAUCCCCUGUAUGUGGUCGGAAGAGUCAGUGACCUCUGACAGUGACACCAGAAGUGACACCUCAGUGUGUGUGUCUGACAGCAGCGGUUACGGCUCUUUGGAAGAGUUCUCAAGUCCCGAAUUUAAUAUGGGUGACGAAGUUGCAUGUAGAGUUACGUCCCAGUGUUACCUCGAAACAUGGUCAUCAGCAUAUAACGGAGCCACUGGUAGUUCAGACAGUUUACCGGAAGUGACUCCUGAGUGUAUUUUUAAUUUACCUGCCCUUCCUGAUAUCCCUCCACUAAAACUGACCUUUGAUGAUGACGUAGAUGUAGAACAUGAUUCCGAGCCUUAUGGUGUCUUCAAUAAUGUCUAUAUGCCUUACAUGUUGUCUGAUCGGAUGUUUGAGACUUUGUACUGCCAAAGUUAUAGCUCAACGGACGGAUUAUGUUUGAAUGCCAUGAGCCGUUAA